UUUCCCAAAAUUUUUCUGUAGAUGUCGUUAAUGUUUGUUCCCUGCGCAUUGUGUUAUUAUUUACAAUAAAAUUUUAUUACAAUUGAAUAAGUUAAAGUUUUCGUUUAGUUGACGGAAAUGAAGGUUAACAAUUUUUUUUAAAGGGUGCUAUAAUUUUCGUUAUUAUUUUGCUGAGUUUUCGCAGAUCUAUUGUAAAUGAAGUUAACUUAGAUAAGAACAGACUGAAAGUAGUGUCGUGUUAAUUAUUUCAUAAAUGUAAAAUAUUUAUAAUUUCACUAUGCCUCUCUUCGGGAAGAAGGACCCUACCAAGAAGUCUAAAAAGGAUUCAGAUAAACAACCGUCGUUAGAAGACAAAUACAUCUUGAAGGAACUCUUAGGAACUGGUGCAUUUUCAGAAGUAAGAUUAGCUGAAAGCAAAGAGAAGCCAGGAAUGCUCUAUGCUGUGAAAAUAAUUGAUAAGAAGGCACUGAAAGGCAAGGAAGAUUCUUUAGAAAAUGAAAUCAAAGUUCUCAGAAGGUUCAGCGAAUCCACGCAGUCGAGUGGUGUGACUUCAUCUCCAAAUUCUGAUGGAACAUCUCGGCUAAAGCAUCCAAACAUUGUUCAGUUACUGGAAACUUUUGAAGAUAAACACAAGGUCUACCUCAUAAUGGAGCUUGUCACAGGUGGAGAGUUAUUUGAUCGUAUCGUUGAAAAAGGUUCAUACACCGAAAAGGAUGCAUCAGAUUUAAUUCGCCAAGUUCUUGAGGCAGUGGACUACAUGCAUGAGCAAGGAGUUGUGCACAGAGAUUUGAAGCCAGAAAAUCUCCUGUACUAUAGUCAAGAAGAAGAUAGCAAAAUAAUGAUAAGUGAUUUUGGACUUUCAAAAAUGGAAGAUUCUGGCGUAAUGGCAACCGCUUGUGGUACCCCUGGAUAUGUUGCUCCUGAAGUUUUAGCACAGAAGCCAUAUGGAAAAGCAGUGGAUGUGUGGAGCAUAGGAGUCAUAUCUUACAUCUUACUCUGUGGAUAUCCUCCUUUUUAUGAUGAAAAUGAUGCUAAUUUAUUUGCACAAAUUUUGAAAGGUGAAUUCGAAUUCGACUCUCCGUAUUGGGAUGAUAUCAGUGAUUCUGCUAAAGACUUCAUACGUCAACUUAUGUGUGUAGACGUGGAGAAAAGAUAUACUUGUCGACAAGCUCUUUCACAUCCCUGGAUAUCUGGAAAUGCAGCUAGCAACAAAAAUAUCCAUGGCACUGUAUCAGAACAGCUUAAGAAGAAUUUUGCUAAAUCUAGAUGGAAGCAAUUGAUGCACGCAAUAGUGAUGGUCCACAAGAUGCAAAGAUUAGCUCUGAAUAAUAGUAGCAUGGAUAUUGCUGAAGCACACAAAUAUACGGCUAUUGAGGAGGAGGCAGAUGUUGAGGAAGCAAGCCUACCACGCAACAACAGUCAUUCGACAAAUGCAGAGGAUGGCUUUAAGCGGUACCAGUAAUUCCAGCCGUGGUGGACUUCUAACAGAAAAUGAUGAUUUAGACUCGAGUGGCCAUUCAGUUGAUACUAUUUGAUUCCACGGUUACUAUUACUGCAAUUAAAAUAACUUAUCACAUAUUUAUAGUAUGUGAUUCUCAUGACUAGUUGUUAACUAGGAAAGCUGUAAUUGAACAUAAUAUACAAUAUGUUAUAUUCUUCAUACACAAUAAAUUAAAUUCACUUGCAAAUUACUGUAUGUAUUUGGUUUCAGUUGGGGAUAUUAUCAUUGAAGUUUGGUGAUUAUUGUUGACUUCUUGCAAAGAGGAUUAUGAUUGCAUGUGUAGGAAUGUUAAAAAUAUAACAUUAUUAUAACUAAUAUAAUGUAUAGGAAAAUAUGUUACAUACUUUUAUUAUAUUAAAACAACCAUAUCAUGGCUGUGCUAAGUAACACAUUUCAAUAUUUGAUUAGAAAGUUAUCAGUAACAUAAAAAUUCCAUGUUAUAACUCAUAAAACAUUUCAACAUAGAGUGUGUGACAGUUUUUAUAAGUGUAUUGUUAGUGUAAGUCUAUAGUAAACUCUAUGAUGUGCUUUGCUCAUUAAUUGAUUGAUUUGAUCAUUGUUGAAGUUUUCAUAUUAAGUAAAAUGAAUAAGAGUGUAAUAUGUGAUAUAUUUCAAUUUAUUUUUUUAUUUAACUUAUACAUUUGAAUCAAAUUUGUUUGAAAAUUUUCAAUUAUAGGAUAUUUUUCACUAUGUUUAAUUCUUAACUAUAAUCUGUUUUUAUUUAUAUGUAUCAAAUAUCAUUAAUAUUUCUGCAUUUCAUUCAAUUUAAUGAAUUAUUUUGUAGUAAAAUUUCUUAAAGUUCUUUUGUUUUUGUAAAACAACAUAUCAUUGUUUAAUUUAUUUAGUUAAGAUUUGAAGAACUUUUGAAUUCCCAUACCUAUUUAAAAUAAAUAAAUCAUAAACAAUUACGGGUGUGGUUUGUAAACUUUUGCCUGAAAUAGUUUGUGCAACCACACUUAAUUUUUUUUUUCUGUUUGAUAAAUGAGCUUCCAUAUUUAUUCCUUCUUCCAUUUAAUUUUUUUGCUCUCUUUUUAUGUCAUUAUUAAUAAUAUAUUGGUUUUUAAUAAACUUUUUAGACUAUAUAACUAUAAAUAUUCCAGUCAUAAAUUUAGUAUUCUUAUUAUGGCAUAGCUAGUGUAGUUCCAAAAUCACGAAGUUUCUAGGUCAUGUAGUGCUGUGUAUUUUUCAUUCAUACACAUUAUGAUCUGUGUCACUUUUAGUGUAACUUUUAGUAGUGUUAUAUAAUGACAGGAUUUGUAUUGUCUGUAAAAAAUUAAUUUCAAGUAGGUACCUAAGUACCAUGUAGAACUAAUUUUAUCUGGUACUUCUUUUUAGCAGCGUAAAAUGUUUGUAAGGUCAGCAUUACAUCUAUUUGUAUUAAUCUAUGUUUUUAUUUUAUUUUAUAAUUUUAAGUUAUAUGACAGAAUAUUUGAUUUUUAUGUCAUGGUCAAAAUUGGCCAUAUGCAUCUAAAUCUUGUGUUUCAUUAUACCUAAAUUUUUCUCAUUCUUUGAUCAUUUAAAAAGCUGCUUACAGAUUAAACUAACUGUUAAACACACAAAAAAGUUCAAAAACAAAAUUGGGAAAAUGUCCAGUGCUGGAUGUUGAUCUACAUACAUCCUGUUGGUCAUUGUGGAUUAUAGUAAUUGCUGUUAUAUUUUACUGCAUGAUUAUUAUUUGUAAUUCAAAUUACUUACUCUGCUUAUUUUUGUAUUCUUUUCAUUUAUUUUCUAUGUUGUGAUGUGUCAUUAUUAUAGACACACAUGUUAGAAACAUAAAUAGAGUCUGUUGUUCAAGUCUCCAGACCAAUUUAACUCAGCAUUCCCUGGCCACCUUUUCUGCAUUACCGUGUUUUAUCACAUUAUCAUUGCACAUUUUAUGCUAAAAUAAAGUUUGAAAAGUAGGGGUGCGAUUUUUAUGCAAGAAAAGCAUUUUUGUUGAGGUCAUUUUUCAUAAAAACAAAACAUGUUGCAUUGAAAGUACGUUUAAUUAAAAAGUAGAGUAUACAAAAGUAUGCCAAACAAUUUCAAUUAAUUAGUCAUGCAACAAAAACAAAUUUUGUUAAACUCAAAAUAAAAAAAUUAAAAACGUGAGACGUGAUUAUAGAAAUUUUCCAACAAGUAUCGUCGUAGUACACACUAACCAUGAAGGAGUGCUGGCUAUCAAAUUUAGUUUACUCGGCACAAGACAAAGUGCACAUGUUGCAUGCAAUGGACGAGCUACUGAUAUCAAUAUUUGACUACGUGCGCACCCUCUAUACGGGCAUCAACGUAACCAAGCAUGGUAAUGCCAACUAGUGCUGGCUACAUUUUUAUACGCGCUACACAACGGCAAUAAAUAAUUAAGGUUCAAACAUUGGAAGACAUCUUUAAAAGAAAAUUUACACAGUGGACAACUUUGUAUUUUUGUUAAUUAAAUAAGUAAGCAGUAAUAUUAUAACGAAUAAUGGAUUUCAACUUUAAAAUACAUCAUUUUAUGGGGGGGGGGAAGAACAUUCUAUGGAGAAAAUAGUGGAACCGAAACAUUUGACUGUAUUGAACGGAAAAUCGUAUUCAUGCGGUACAUAUUAAAGGAGUUUUUCUAUAAUUGUAAUUAAUGUAUUUUCCCCUUUAUAACUACCACACUGUCCGACAGCAACUUAAAAACAGAUUACUGUAGCUCGGUACUUAGUCCUGUGAUCUUUGGCAAGGUCAUGUUUACUCCCUACGCAAAACACUUGGAAUCUAACUGUGGGAUCAAAAACAUCAUAAAAUUUUUAUGCAAGAAUUUUUUUUUUACAAAUUUUGACGCUUCAAAAUAACAGUGCAACGAUUAUACAAUAAAACACUGUAAAUUUUUUUAUUCCUCAUAAAUAAAAACUUAUGUACCUCAACUUUUCCCUGUAUACCAACCCUGUGUGCCUUAAAAAAAUCUAACUUAUACUUACUUUCACUAGCACAUUCUAGUACUUAUUUAUUUGUUUCCCAUUUUACCUACCAAAUGUUCAGCAUGUGUGUGCAACCAAACAUUCAGUUAUACAUGUGCUGCAGUGUUCAGGGGCCUCUCCAGAACCAGGCAAGCCAAACAACCUGCCAGGUGUCGCACCUAGUUUCUUUUCCUUGUUUGUCCAGCUUUUUUUUUAAACAUGGAUGUUAUUGGGAAAAGGAAGAAUUGAUUUGUUUUUAGUAUGUAUUUUUCAACAAUACAUUUCGAUUUUGUGACAAAAACCUUCAAAAACUUUAAUGCCUCAUAUAAUGAUGCAAGUUCAUCGAAGUUUUAUUAUUUACAUUUAUGCAACUAAACCAGGCAUGAGUUAUCAGGAAAAAAUAUUCGUAUUUCUUUUGUUAACAGUUUGGCUUAAAAGUGUUGUUUUAAAGAAAUUAUUUUCCAAAUUUUCUGGGGGAAUGUCCCCUGAACCCCCUUUUUCCUGGGGGCUAUUUCAUUCUCCCCAUGCUUCCAGUUAGGCCCCUCACCAAAAUAUAAGGACCCUGCAAAGUCCAGGACAGUCGCUGGCAAUGUGAACAGUCUAUUCAACUUCCACAAAAGAACUAAAUUCCACACAAACAUUUUUUGUAAAAGAUAUUAUAGUUCACUAAUUAAUGUUGGAUUUAAGCAGAUCCUUUUAUAAGAAACAUAAUUUUAGCUCGUGCCAAUCACAUAUCUUUUUUCUUUACCCAUCUUAAGUAUAUAAGUAUUUCUGCCCAAAUAAAAUAAUCAGUCCACUAAUUCUUAUUUUUACUUUACUAGUUUAUCUUGAUUCCAUUUUCUGUUUUCCUUUUACAUUUCAUUACCUUAUUAUUCUCACUGUAUCAUCAGCAAAUGUAUUAGUAUGUUCCCUUGUAUUGUUACAUGUAUUUAAGACUUUCCUUUUAUCUCCUUUAUUGCUUGAUAGUAUAUGUGGAAAGCAACCUUGCCUUACUUCUGUUUGCAUCACUGCUUUCUGAUUUAUUGACCAUUAGGGGGGAAUUCUUAAAAUCUUUGUAUAUUAGAGUAGGCUGCUGUUACUGUGAGCUCUACAUGGUUCAUCUCUUCUGUUGUUUUUAGGGGUUUUAUACACUUCGAGCUUUCUACAGCAUGUCUUACAAACUAUGGUUCAAUUUCAAAAGUGAUGCAUAUUUGUUUUAUAUUUUCAGUCCUUAGAUAUAAAUAUGUCAAAAAUAAUUUGUUGAGGAGAGGAGUUAGGGCCCAUAAAAACUAUUUCUGUCCAUGCUAAUGUGUGGCUAGUCCUCUUAUUUCUGUGUAAAAAUUCAUGCUGAUUUAAGAUUUGAAACAUUAUGUUACAUCAACAUCUCAAAGCUUUUUUUUUUUAUAAGUGGCUUUUUCCUUUACAGAUUGCCUUUGUUACACAUGUAAAAUACUGAUUUACGCAGAGGCCUAAAAUAUUUUUAAGUAAAUAAGCUGUAUAGUAACAUUGAUUUUGCAAAACAACUGUACCAAAUAUUUCAUAUUUCAUGGAAAAGAAUAAAUGAUGGAAUGAAAAAAAUGAGCAGCAGUAUUAUAGUUGCUAUGUAUGGUAGUUUGUAAUUUAUGUUGAGUUUCAUAAAGAUUUGUUUGAACAUUUUGAUGUUAGCACACAUUUCCAUAAAGAUGAGGUAGAAAUGUAAUAUAACAAUGUGCAAAACCUUUCUAUUUUUUUUUUUUUUAAAUUUGUUUCAGCCGAGGUCCUGAAUUCAGAUUCCAUUUGAGACAAUUAUUUAAUUAAAAUCUUUUAAAUAUGGUAUAAGCUGUCAGUAUACAAUGAAAAAAAAAAACAAUUCUCAUGUCUUGGUCACAUGGAUGGUAUGAGAGGGGUGUUCCAGAGUUACAGACCUGUCAUUUGCAGCCGGUCUGGAGAGCAUAUCAGAUAAAAGGAUGUGAAACAACCAGCCGUGAAAUUAAGUUUCUGUGAAGGGGGGGAAACGAGUGUUUUGAGGAAACCCAUCUCAUGUAAUGCCCAUCAUACUUUCCAAUUGCAGUUUUUGAACCUUGAUCACUUUGAUGAGAGCAAGUAGUCUGACAACUAUGCCAAUGUUAUUUUAAUAUUGGAAAAUUUGAGUUAAAUUUUGUAUUAUAUAAUAUUUUAAGCAUUAUUUUCACUAGAACAAUAUUUUUAGUAGGGUUUAUGCCCAAAUAUUCCUGAAAGUGUAAUAAGAAUUUAUAUUACUGUAUGCAUUUUGCCUCUCAGUACUUUGUAUCUUAGUUCCAAUUAUAUAAAAAUACUUACUAGUAUUAUCAGCUUGCAGCUUGGUCAUUGUGUAAAUUAUUAUUAUUAUUGCUUUUGGCAAAAAUGUAUAGAGCUAUUGAUAAUUGUUUGCUUUGAGAAUAUAUCAACAUCUAAAUGAAACUGUGGGAAAAAAAUAAAAAAUAAAAGGUUAACGUGCUUUACUUCCUUAAACAUCAAUAUUGUGGAUUUGGCAUUUAAAAACAAUUUAGUAAACUUUCAAGAAGUAGUAUUUGUAACUUCUUGUGGAUGAAAAAUACUGAUCUUUCUUGUCACUAAUUUUAAAAUACUUUUAAUUACUCUAAAAUACUCUCUGGACUGUUUCAUAUAUUUUGUGCUACAUAAUUACAUUUAUUUUUUGUUCCUUUGAAGAAAUUUGGUAUUACAUAAAAUAUUAUUUAUUGAAUUGCUUUAUAAAUUUCUUAGUUAAUUUAUGGUGAGAUUCUCUAUUUUAAUUUAUAUGAUAUUGAUAAGUUGGUAGGUUUUUUGUUGCUUUAAUUUUACUAUCAACCAAAUACAUAUUAAAUAAAAGUUUUCUAAUGUCAGUUGCCACUUUUUAAACUCCCAGUAUUUGAUGAGAGAUGAAUCCCACAAAAAAAUGCUUAUUUAUGUAUAUUAUUUCUUUUAUUCCAUAGUAUACAGCUAAUAGUAGAAAUAUAUAAAAGAAUAUUAUUUAUAAUAUUUUUUUCAUGAUAGGUGCCAUACAGUACAAAAUUAUCACUUUAUUUUCAACCGAGUCGGUUUCAUUAUGAAUGUAACAUUCCAUUUCAUAAAACCAUCCAUGGAGUUUUUAUUGUGAUAUCACGCUUGCAUAUAGUUGUUAUUUAAUGAUUAUCAAAAUAUGUGCUAGACUAUCAUGCCAUCAAAGUUAUUUGUAUCCAGCUGAUCUAUUACCUAUAAAAUUUUAAAAAUAGAUUUGCCAAAUCAAUGGAUGGUGUUAAAAUAUUUACUAUAACUAUAUUUAAUACUUAUAACUAAGAUUCUCCUAGUAUUGAAUCUACAUGUCAUUUGCUAAAACAUUUUAAGCAUGCAAUAUAUAUUCCUUUACCGCUUCCAUAAUUCUUAAAUAAUGGAACAUACAUUACGUAUCAUAGGAAGCAUUUGCCUUACUUCUGUUUGUGCAUGCAUCAAAUGGUAGCGUAAAAAAAAUAUGUACAGCAUCAUAAUGUAUAACUAUUUUGGAAAGUUAAUAUUUUGGUAACUUAGAAGCAAAUAAUUUACUAGAGAAACCAACUUAAAUGUUUGAAGUAGUUUAUAGAAUUGGACUUUAAAUUGUGGGAAAAUAUUUUAUCUCCAAUUGUGGUGGCUAAUGAGGUAUCCAUUAUACUAAGACUGGAAAAUAUUUGUGGUCUCUAUUAUAUUUAACUGAUCUUCAGAUGUAAGUGUUGAAAUUGUUGGGUUUGCAGUAAAUUUUAUAUUUGUUGUGCCUACUGUAUGGUAAUAAAAGAUGUUUCUUUCAAUUGUGUAUUGUCUAUACAGAAUAUUUAUUUAAUGUAUGUUAACGAAACAUUUUGUUAGAAACUUUUUGCUAGCUGCAAUUAUCACGUUCUAUUGUUUAAAAUAAGAUGCAUAAUAUCACAUUAAACGUAACCACUUGGGAUAUAUGUUCUUUCUAUGUUAAAAUUUGAGACAUUUACUUUUGAUUUAUAUUGUUGUCUCAUAUCAAAUAGUGUAUGUAUUUUAAUAAUCUCCGCAAGUGGCACCUUAAAUUCUCAGUUUCAUGGAAUCUCUUGUGGAGUAUCUUAAGCAUUCCAAGUAAACAUUCAGUGUAAGUUAUUUAAUUUUUAUGAUAAGGUGUUUCUUUUGCACCUCAAUAUGCCAUCUAUUCAAGUCAUGACAAUGAUUUUAGUAUAUUGGCAUUAUGGUGUAUUUUGUUCUCAGUUAUUAUUUGCAUGUGACUAAUGCUGAAACAUUAAUCAGUUGCAUAAUAUUUUUGAUAGUACGUACAGGUGUUCUCAUUGCAUUAUUUCCAAACAUUUUAAUUAUAUUUUAAAGGCUUUUCAUAAGUUUGUUUUCUGUAGAGAAUCUUUAUGUAUUAUUGUCCUUAAAUUAAAGAAAAUGGACUUAGUGCAAAUUUGUGACUUCAUAUGCAAGUAAUUAAGAAUGUGUUCAGUGGCUCUGUAAACACAGCAGUCGUGAAUCUAGAAUCUAUUUUUCACAUACUAUAUGUAAUUCCAGAAACUUUUGACUGAAAUGUUAGAAAAUUAGUUUUUGUUAUUACAGUAAAAAAAUUAACUUUUAAGUUUUUUUGUUUGUAAUCACUGAUUAGUUCAUAUCUUGUAAAGAUAUUUGUUUAAAAUAAAAGGGACUAAUAUGUUAUGUAAUAAAGGUAGUUUUUGGAGGAAAUACUCUAAUUUUCUAAUUUAUCAUAUGGGUUUUCCUUUAUUUGUGGUGAAUUUGUUAUUAAAAAAUAUGUAUUUUAUGUAUUUAUACCUUUAUUUGUGCCAUUCCUUCUCAUGUACAAUUUGCUUCCACUUUGGUUGCAUAUUAAUAUGAAUGUUGCUGGGGAAACCUCAAAAAUGCUAACUUUUACCUGCAGAACACUUGUGGGGGUGUACAUUGUUCUGUUGCCUUUAAUGUAUUUUGUUUUGAAAAUAUAAAAUUUGAGAUAAA